AGAAGUGAAGCCGCAGUGGAAGCCGUAGAAGAAGAGAGCCAGUGAGAAUAUUUGGUGCUUCUUUUACGCCGCAAAACUUCUUCAAACUUCUUCAAACUCACAAAACAAGAAGCAGAACACAGAGGCGAGAAAGAACCGGAGCAGAACCGGACAAGAACCAGGACCGAACGGGGAGACUCGAUGAAAUGUUUGUGCUGAAGACUUUGUGCGGACCUGCAGCUCUGCAGCUCCUGCGACCGUUUUCUACCAAAACUCUUCCUACUCUCACUCUGUUCACCAAGAGUCCGUGUCCUCUGUGUGAUGAAGCUAAAGAAGUGCUGCAGCCGUUCAAACACAGGUUCGUCCUGCAGCAGGUGGACAUCAGCCUUCCAGAGAACAAACUGUGGUGGGACAAGUACAAGUGGGACAUACCUGUGUUCCACCUGAACGGACAGUUUGCGAUGAAACACCGAGUGGACAUGGUGCUGCUGGACAAACUGCUGCAGGACAUCGAGGUGAAGAAGGCGUGAUGAGAGUCUGUGUAUUUGCUGAUUUAUUUAUUAAUCAAUAAACGGAAGUGAUCAAUAAA